AUGUUAAAAAAUAACUUCUGCAAGGCGGACCUCAUGGAUCUGGUCUCUGAGAUAGAGUUCAUGAAGAUGGUCGGCAGACACGCCAACAUCGUGAACCUGAUCGGCACGUGCACGUGCGACGGCAUGCCGCUGCUCGUGCUCGAAUUCGCACGCUUUGGCAAUCUUUUAAACUACCUGCGAGAGCGGCGCGAGGCAGCGGGCUACGAGCGCCAUGUGGAGGUGCCUUCCCUGUGCGAGCUGGUGCAGUUCGGAUACCAGGCGGCUCGCGGCAUGGAAUACCUGGCCAGCAGAGCGUGCGUGCACCGUGACCUGGCGGCACGGAACGUCCUCGUGAUGGACUCACGGGUCGUCAAUAUUUCGGAUUUUGGCCUGGCGCGCGACAUUGGCGAUAAAGGGUACUACAUGCGGGUGACCGACAGAAGCCUCCCCGUGAAGUGGAUGGCUCUGGAGGCGCUCACGGAGCGUUACUACACUACGCAGUCAGAUGUUUGGUCAUUUGGUGUCUUGUUGUGGGAGAUAGUCACCAUGGGCGACACACCGUACGAAGAUGUGCAUAGCGUCACGAACCUGAUCUCCAAGCUGAGGACGGAUGAGCGGCUUCCGCGGCCUAGGGGAUGCCCUCUGCAGCUUUUCGACACCAUGCUGCAUUGCUGGAGCCUUGAGGGCCACCAGCGGCCUACUUUCGCCGAGCUGGUUGAUAGGCUCAGCACCAUGGUGGAGGAGCUGUCACCCCGAGACUACAUGGGCAUGGCGAGCGGCCCGCAUCAGCAGCCACCGACUCCUGGCUGCCCGCCGCCAAUGCAGCCUUAUGUAAACGUGGAUGGGCCCGCUGCAGAUGCCACCGCCGAGGGUGAUGAUGGCGAAAAGGAGAAGGGGGUGCCGGAGGCUCGGCAGUGCAGCAAUGCACCAGGAAUGAUGCCGUGA